CAACUGCACCCGAGUCAUAACAAUCGUCCAAAUAAAUCGUUUUCAAUAGUGGCUACUGGACAUUGAGUGGAUGUGUACGUGGGAUUUGUUUUUUGAUGUAUAUUUCUUACGAAGCGACUGACGAUCUUGAAGAUAUCGUCUUGGACAUGGUACAUUCAUGGAGGAUAACAAGGUUAGCCACCCUUCCGAAGAUUCUGUGAAAAUGGGCGAUUAUGCACCGAAGAGGGGUUUUUACCCCAAACGUCGACCAUGCUAGUAGAGAAUGAUUAAUCUGUCUGAAAAGGACUAUCACAUUUCCCACGAUUUUAGGCUAUCCAACUCAACUUGGAUAUUAGCUCUCAAUAAUAAAUCUAUGGCUAAAGAUUGCUAGCUAGUCCAUCAUUACGUCCAAACAUCUUCCGAUUCGGAUCGAUCGACAACAGUGGCUAGCUAGUUAGCCUGCUACCUAGCUAACAACAUAGCAUGCUGGUUCGCUGUCUAUCGUCGACCACGACUCAUUGACGUGCGAAAUGAAGUUUGAAAUGAACUGUUCUUGUCAACAUAUGCUUGCUAUAUUGGUACCGUUUUGCCCUGUCAAUGUUGACGUUGUCAGUGCAACCAUACAGCAAGUUUAGCUGCCAUACUAGCUAGCUUGUGUUAGCAAGCUAGCUGCCUAGCCAUUGCAGCUGGACACGGCUAUCAACAUCUGUCUGCCGAUGCAAUGGUCGGAUUGCCAACAGUUUUGGUAGAGGAAUGCUCAUUCUUGGGUGGAUAUUCUGAGGCUGCGGGGCGCACAGAAUAUUGCACCUCUCAAUACAGACCACGGGCCUCAACACACACUGUUUUAAUGUAAAAAGUGGCCGCGAAGACACCUCGCCCGCUGGCUCCGAGAUAGCGCACGACUACGGGCGGCUGAAGUCAUGCAAGCGGCCCAGGUUCAGUACGACUUUUUCAGCGAGGAGAACGCACCGAAAUGGCGGGGACUCUUGGUACCCUCCCUAAACAAGGUGCUGAGCCAGGUGCACCCCAAGCUCAAGUCCCAGGAGGAGGCGCUGCAGUACAUCGAGGAGCUCAUCCUGCUGCUGCUCAGCAUGCUGUGUCAGGCCCAGCCCCGCAGUGUGCAGGACGUGGAGGAGCGUGUCCAGAAGAGUUUCCCCCACCCCAUAGAUAAGUGGGCCAUAGCUGACGCCCAGGCGGCCAUUGAGAAAAGGAAGAGGAGAAAUCCAUUGGCGCUGCCAGUGGACAAGAUUCACCCGCUACUCAAGGAGGUACUAGGGUACAAGAUUGACCACCAGGUCUCUGUGUACAUCGUGGCAGUGCUGGAGUACAUCUCUGCCGACAUCUUGAAGCUAGCGGGGAACUACGUACGCAACAUCCGCCACUAUGAAAUCUCCCAGCAGGACAUCACCGUUGCCAUGUGUGCCGAUAAGGUUCUCAUGGACAUGUUCCACCAGGACGAGGAGGACAUCAGCGGCUUCCCCCUCAUGGACGAGGAGCCGUCCACAUCAGAGGAGCAGAGCUACUACGACCUGGUCAAGACCUUCAUGGCCGAGGUGCGCCAGUACCUCCGCGACCUCAACCUCAUCAUCAAGGUGUUCCGGGAGCCCUUCACCUCCAAUGUCAUGCUGUUCUCUCACCACGACGUGGAGAGCAUCUUCAGCCGCAUCGUGGACAUCCACGAGGUGUCCCUCAAGCUGCUGGGCCUGAUCGAGGACACGGUGGAGAUGACAGACGAGGGGAGCCCACACCCGCUGGUGGGCAGCUGCUUCGAAGACCUGGCCGAGGAGCUGGCCUUUGACCCCUAUGAGUCGUACGCUCAGGAAAUCCUGCGGACCGGCUUCCACGACCACUUCCUGAGCCAGCUGUCCAAGCCGUGCGCUGCCAUCUACCUCCAGUCUAUAUGUGAAGGCUUUAAGGAAGCAGUCCAGUACGUCCUCCCCAGGUUGCUGCUGACGCCAGUCUACCAUUGUCUCCACUACUUUGAAAUCUUAAAGCAACUUGAGGAGAAAAGCAAGGAUGAGGAGGACAAAGAGUGUCUGAAGCAGGCCAUCACCGCUUUGCUAAACCUCCAGAGCAGCAUGGAGAGGAUCUGCUCCAAGAGCCUGGCCAAGAGGAGGCUGAGCGAGUCGGCCUGUCGCUUCUACAGCCAGCAGAUGAAGGGAAAGCACCUGGCCAUCAAGAAGAUGAACGAGAUCCAGAAGAACAUCGACGGCUGGGAGGGCAAGGACAUUGGCCAGUGCUGCAACGAGUUCAUCAUGGAGGGCACGCUGACACGCGUGGGCGCCAAGCACGAGCGCCACAUCUUCCUGUUCGACGGCCUGAUGAUCUGCUGCAAGUCCAACCACGGGCAGCCUCGCCUCCCCGGCGCCAGCUCCACCGCGGAAUACCGCCUCAAGGAGAAGUUCUUCAUGCGCAAGGUCCAAAUUAACGACAAGGACGAUAAGGAGGGCGAGUACCGGCAUGCCUUCGAGAUCAUCCUGAAGGAUGGCAACAGCGUGGUGUUCGCCGCCAAAUCGGCGGAGGAGAAGAACGGCUGGAUGGCGGCGCUGAUUUCGCUGCAGUACCGCAGCACGCUGGAGCGCAUGCUGGACUCGGCCAUGCUGCAGGAGGAGAAGGAGGAGCAGAUGAGGCUACCGGGGGCGGAGUUGUACCGCUUUGCCGAGCCGGACUCUGAGGAGAACGUGGUGUUUGAGGAGAACGUCCAGUCCAAGUCGGGCAUCCCCAUUAUCAAGGCGGGCACAGUGCUGAAACUCAUUGAGAGGUUAACCUUCCACAUGUAUGCAGAUCCCAAUUUUGUCCGAACAUUUCUAACGACCUACAGGUCUUUCUGCAAACCUCAGGAGCUGUUGGGUCUUCUAAUGGAGAGGUUUGACAUCCCUGAGCCCAAGCCCACGGAAGCAGACCAGAUGGCUAUAGAGAACGGAGACCAGCCCCUCAGCGCUGAACUCAAGCGCUUCCGGAAGGAAUUCGUCCAACCGGUCCAACUUCGGGUAUUGAAUGUAUGUCGCCACUGGGUGGAGCACCACUUCUAUGAUUUUGAGCGGGACGCCCAUCUACUGAAGCGCCUGGAGGAGUUCAUAGCAUUGGUGCGAGGCAAGGCCAUGAAGAAGUGGGUGGAGUCCAUAACCAAGAUCAUCCAACGGAAAAAGCAGGCCCAGGCCAAUGGGCCCAGCCACAACAUCACCUUCGAGAGCUCUCCUCCACCCAUCGAGUGGCACCUCAGCAAACCCGGACAGACAGACCAGUUUGACCUCAUGACCCUGCACCCCAUCGAGAUCGCCCGUCAACUCACCCUGUUGGAGUCUGACUUCUACAGGGCAGUGCAGCCGUCUGAACUGGUAGGUAGUGUCUGGACCAAGGAGGACAAGGAGCUGAACUCACCCAACCUCUUACGAAUGAUCCGCCACACCACCAACCUCACGCUGUGGUUUGAAAAGUGCAUAGUGGAGACAGACAACCUGGAGGAGCGGGUGGCGGUGGUGGCUCGCAUCAUCGAGAUCCUGCAGGUCUUCCAGGAGCUCAACAACUUCAAUGGCGUGCUGGAGGUGGUCAGCGCCAUGAACUCCUCCCCGGUGUACCGUCUGGACCACACGUUUGAGCAAAUCCCGAGCCGACAACGUAAGAUCCUGGAGGAGGCCCACGAGCUAAGCGAAGACCACUACAAGAAGUACCUCGCCAAGCUUCGCUCCAUCAACCCCCCCUGCGUGCCCUUCUUUGGGAUCUACCUGACCAACAUCCUGAAGACCGAGGAGGGGAACCCAGACUUCCUGAAGAGGCACGGCAAGGAGCUCAUCAACUUCAGCAAGCGGCGGAAAGUAGCAGAGAUCACAGGAGAGAUCCAGCAGUACCAGAACCAGCCUUACUGCUUACGGGUCGAGAACGAUAUCAGGAAGUUUUUUGAGAACCUGAAUCCAAUGGGGGAGAAAGCUGAGAAGGAGUUUGCAGACUACCUGUUCAACAAGUCCUUGGAGAUUGAGCCCCGCAACGCUAGGUCGUUGCCUCGAUUUGCCAAGAAGUACAGCUGCCCUCUCAAAUCGCCCGGUGUACGCCCCUCCUCGGUCCGCCCGGGCACCAUGCGCCACCCGACGCCGCUACAGAACGAGCCGCGCAAGAUCAGCUACAGCCGCAUCCCCGACAGCGAGACAGAGAGCGGCGCCGCCUCCGCACCCAACUCGCCCCGCACCCCGCUUACCCCGCCGCCGGCCUCCGCCGCCUCCAGCUCCACAGACAUCGGCAGCGUCUUCGACUCGCCCCAGGGCCCCAGCAGCCCCUUUCACUCCAACUGCGACAGCAUCUUUGCCCCGGUCUCCCUCCCACACGGCCUACGGUCCUCCUCGGUAUCCUCCAUGGUUAGUUUCCACAGGAGCUCAGAGGACGUCCCCGUCCCCCCGCCCGUCCCGCCCCGCCGACGGCCUGAGUCUGCCCCCGCUGAAUCCUCCCCCUCGAAGAUGAUGUCAAAGCACUUGGACAGUCCCCCUGCCAUUCCCCCUCGGCACCCCACCAACACCAAGGUCUACUCCCCCCGAUACUCCAUCUCAGCGGACCGCACCUCUGUGUCCGAGCCCCCAGAUAGCCCGCCCACCCUGCCGCCGCGGGAGCCAGUGAGAACGCCGGACGUCUUCAGCUCCCCGCUGCACCUCCAACCGCCCCCGCAGGGGCGCAUCCGUGGUGAACUGAGCCAGGCCUUCUUCCCCCCUUCCUCCGUCUCCUCCCCGCUGCCCUUCUGCCCCCUCACCCCACCACCGCCCCCCACACCCUCUCCUUCGCUGGGGCCGCGCAAGCACCUGCCCUCCCCGCCCCUGCUGCCGGGAGGAGGGGGGAUUCCAGACUGCGAGCCCCUCACCCCAAAUGCCGCCGGGCCCCCUGUGCCCCCCCGCCAGAGCACAAGCGGGGGGGGCAGCGCUCCCCAGGCCAUCCCCAAACUGCCCCCCAAAACGUACAAAAGGGAGUCGGUGUCUGCGCAUGCCUCCCUACACCGGGACGGGCCCCCUUUGGUGGAGAAUGCCAACCCCUCCUAAGACUUCUGUACGUGGUGACUCUUUGGUAGCGGGGGGAGAUUAGAUGAGCUAACACUAAAGACUUCAGAUCAGAACAAAAGAAGUAAAGCAUAAAUUAAAACUUUGACAGGAAAAUAAACUAAACAAAAAAAACAGAAAGUCAGAGUAGAUUGUGUUCUUACCUGGAGUAAAAAAAUAAUAAUGUGCCCUUAUGGAGAAAAAAAAUGAAAAAAAAACUUCAAUGAAAGAUGAUUGUCUAUUUCUCAUUCAAGUGCAGACCAUUGGAGAUUGCCUAUAAAACCCUUAAGGGGCUGUCUUAAUGUUUGUUUUUGUUUAUCGUUUGUGUGUUUGCUGUUUGUCAUUGUCCAGUGUUUAUUUCAGUGAGUUAUUUUUUAUGUGAAUCGAUUGCAGCAGUACAUGUAUGUGAGCUCAAGUGGCCUACCCACCCCUGCACAUAUAGCUUAAACGACGAACCAUAACCAGGACCUCAAGUCCACCGCAUUCUGUCUGGACAUCGAAAGAAAAAGACUGUAGACCAGUUUGAACUUUUGACUCAAAUUAAUAAUCAAUAGGCUCAAUAUAGCAUUAUUACCUUGGUGAAAACAGUGAAUGGGCACUACUGGACUAACUCAUGUGAAGCCUAACAACCACAGACUUGAGAAAACUCAUUGAGCUAUUGGAGGGUUUCAAACCGAUUCAACACCCCCAACGCACACAUAAUAACGAAUGUCCGACCUUUGAAACCUGCCCUAUUCUGAUGUAAAAGGGACUCUGGAGCCAUGUUGUUCGUGGUGUUUUAGGCUUUGUGUAGAGACUUUCAAUCCAAGGUGAGCAGUCCUGUGUGCCAGUAGUCAAGAGUACCAUGAUUUCAGGUACCCUUCCACACCAAAGAGGUACUUUUCAAGCAUUCAAGAAACACAAGAAGUGAUUUUUCUUUUUUUUGUGUUAGUACUUUUAUCUUCUGAUUCAUUUGUUUUGCCAAUGAGUAUGUAAAAAAAAAAAAAAAAAAGAUUGCCUUCUUUAAACAAGGGAAUAAAAGUGUUUCUACCACUCUACAGUGUAAGUCA